AUGAUAAGAAGGACCUCACUGACGCCCCUUUUCCGUUCGUUUCAGUCGUUCUUCGGGCGGACCUACAACAACAUCCCUUCGCCCAACGAGUGCAAGAACAGCGGCCGUUGCGUCAUCAACAAGAAGACGCGGACCUCGUGCAAAAGCUGCCGCCUGCGGAAGUGCCUGCGGGUGGGCAUGUCGAAGAGCGGCUCCCGCUACGGCCGCCGCUCCAACUGGUUCAAGAUCCACUACCUGAUGCAGAACAACAGCACGGCCACGUCUUCGGCGGAUGACCCCGUGGCGAGCGAGGCCUCCACGACCACGGCCACGACCACGUCCCCCGGCCUCAUCAGCCCUUCGUCGGAGAGCAUGACGCUCAGUCCGGACCUGAAGGACUUCAAGGACUUCAAGGACUUCAAGCUGAGCCCCGACUUCAAGCUGAACUCCGACUUCAAGUCCGUGCUGGAGUGCAAGGGCCUCAACUCGCCCUCGUCCUCGGAAUCGCACAACUCCGACUCGUCGCUCGACCUGAACGAGAAGUCGCUGUUCCCGCCGUACUCCGAGCACCUGUACCCGAAGGACCUCCUGGCGCUGUACAACCUGCCCACGCUGACGCCCCGCCUCUCGCCCUACUACUUGGACACCCUGAUGCAGGAGGCCCGGCAGCGGGGGGUCGCCGCGCCCGUCGACGGCGAGGACGAGCCCGGCGACGGAGGCUCGCCGCCUGCCCGCGACUUCGCCCCGCCCCCGAAGUUCUUCAAGCCCAACCCUUCGCCGACUCACGACCUCAAGCUGCCGGUGAGGGAGCCCCCGAGCCUCGCUCAGGUCCGCAACCUGCUGCCCUUCCGCCAGAGCCUCCUGGUGCGGGACAUCCUCAACUCGGGUCGCAAUCCGGGCCACGACCUGUCGCCCAGAGGAAGCCCCGACCUGGUGACCGUCGGCGCCACGGCCCCCCAGGACCUCCCUAUCGACCUCAGCGUCAAGAACAAGUCGCCGUCGCCGCCGAGGCCCGUGUCCGUCGGGGAGCGCGCGGCCUCCAGCUCGCCCCGGGGCGCGCAGGAGGGCGCCAGAGAGAGUGUAAAAGCACAAGUCAACACUGCGGAUCAUCGACCUUAG